AUGCCGCUGUCGAGUAGGCGUCGCACGCGCCGCAAAGACAUCCAACUCCAAGAAACGUCCGACGCGGAGGCUCCGGAUUCCUCUCCCAGCCGCCCAGCCAGCAAGAAGCGCAAGGUUGAAGCAAGACCGUCAUCGCGACAUGUCCACACGCCAGAUCCCGCCUCCGCCGAUGACGCCGAUCGAUCUUCCCCCGACAAUGACCUAUCGGCAAACCAAGACUUGGUAGAGACUGUGAUCGCAUCGUUGAAUGUAUCGAGAGACGAAGUGAAUGUGUUGCGCGACUAUUCCAAUACUGAGACCGAGAACAAGCAAUCUAUCCAGGCAUAUGCGAAAAUCGCCGGUCGUGACUGGACCUAUUAUGUCAAGACGGCGCAUGUCAACAUUGGUCGUCCCCCAGACCGCGAACAGAAACUUGACGAGCAGUCGAGUCCCGUCUCAAUCGCCGCCCGUGCCCUGCCUGAAGUGCAUCUCGACUUGGGUCCCAGCAAGUUUGUGUCACGACUCCAUGCUGAGAUUUUCUUCUACGGAGAAGACGAGGAGUCUUCUGCCUGGCAUAUUCGAGUCAAUGGCCGAAAUGGCGUGCGAGUCAACAACGCCAUGCUCAAACGAGGAUCAGACGCUAUACUGAACUGUGGCGACAUUAUUGAAAUCGCCAAUACUCAAAUGAUGUUUGUCACUCCCGGCGACAAAGCAGUCAUCCAUCCCGCCUUUGUCGAACGCGCUCAACGUAUUGCUGCAGGCGAGGAAAUACCCUGGGACGCUUCGCAGCAUGCGCACCCUACCACGUACAAUGCACAGCAACCCGGUAGCGCUGUCGAUAACGGUGUAUAUGCUGCCAACACUGGUGUGCAACCGGGCAAACCUUCGCUGGCUCCUGCUCCUCAAUUUCUUAAGCGACAGGUCACUCCGCCUCCGCGAUCUCCAGAUACCGUCGGAGGCCAGACGGCAACUAAGCAAUCGCCUUUGUAUAAUCGUGGCAUGAUGAUGGAAAGUACCGAAGAGAUUGAUUACAGUCAGGAUGCCGCCAAAGAUCUGAAACCCCCAUACAGCUACGCAACCAUGAUUGCGCAGGCGAUCUUCUCGAGUGAAGAAGAGAAACUUACCCUCAACAGCAUCUAUCAGUGGAUCAUGGAGAAGUACGCAUUCUAUCGCCAUUCUCAAAGCGGUUGGCAAAAUUCUAUUCGACACAACUUGUCCCUGAACAAGGCUUUCCAAAAGGUACCGCGUCGAACGGACGAGCCUGGCAAAGGUAUGAAGUGGAUGAUUGCGCCGGAGCACAGACAGGAAUAUUGGAAGAAACAGUUGCGCAAAGGAAACAACUCAUCUGCACCUUCGUCGCCAGCCACGAAAGAGCCCCCGUCUUCCCGCGGCACUAACGGCCAUGCUGGCUCCAGCUACGAGGGAAUAUUUUCUGCGACAAAGACCUCUCCUCAAACCACAUCGCCUGGAUUCAGCUCAUUUUCAGUUGCUCCAGUUGAAGCUUAUACACCAGUAAGAGGAUCGCGACUGGGACAAAGGGGAACUGAUCUUGUGCGCAGUGGUGCAAACACCGACUUUGACGAGCAGUCUCCUCUUCCUACUCGGAUUCGAAACACUCAGCACGAGAAUGGAAAUAACAGUCAAAACAAUAGUGCCAGUAACGCCAACGACGGUACAACAAGUCGUGCAUAUGGACUAUCAGGAAAUGCUACGGGUUCUCCUCCAGUGCUCUCUUCUUCAUAUUAUGACGAGGGUCCUUCGUCGAUGAUUACUCCAGCUCCUCAACGACAUCAACCUCGGUUACCGCCACCAAGCACGGCUCAGAUUCCGUCCAAGUUCAUGCCUAUGAGUUCGCCAGCACAGUUUUGGAAAUUUGCCGAUAUUGGAAGCACACCUGCACGACUGGUGCCAGAUAUGAGCCCUUUGAAGGGAGGGACAAUUAGGGCACUAGGGGACAGCUUGAUGCCGAGCAGUAGCCCCCCACCACCGAAUUUUGCUAGUCCCAGCAAACCCAGCACGUCGAAUAUGCGGGCUCUCGGUCCGAUCAAGAAGGAAGAAGAGCCCGAGCAGAUUCGGCAUCAUCGGUUAGCGGCUCCAGACGAUGAAGAGGAGGAAGAGGAGGGAUUCGAUCUGGCGAGAGGCUUUCAACCUAUCGGUUCAUACCAUCGACAGUUGAAUAACUCUGCACGAGCGAGUGCGACGUCUUAA